AUGGUAGAGAAGAUCACAGCAAGCCUGAGACCGAAGCUUGAGAAGCCGAUUGGAUAUACACUCGCACCUCUGGACGCUCGUUUCACCACAGUCCGCAUGAAGGAGAGUAACAUGGGCAAUUUCGUGUGCGAUCUCAUGAGACUACACUACCUGGCGGACUGCUGCAUCAUGGCUUCUGGCACCAUAAGAGGUGACCAGAUCUACCCACCCGGCGUGCUGCGCGUAAAGGACAUGAUGAACUGUUUCCCCUUCGAAGUCCCCUGCGUUGUAGUCCAAGUCAAAGGCAAGGAGAUCGUCAAGGCACUAGAAAAUGGUGUCAGCACGUAUCCGGCUCUGGAAGGCCGAUUCCCGCAAGUCAGCAACAUCUCAUUCACCAUCACUCCUGCAAUGCCAUCUGGGCAACGUUGUUCGGAUAUACGAAUCGGUGGUGAAACUAUAGAUAUGGAGCGCAAGUACAAGGUCGCCACUCGAGACUACAUGGUGCGAGGGAAAGAUGGAUUCACAAGCCUCAUGCUGAAAGAGCAUGGUGGUACAGCUGAGAGCAUUGUCAGUGACGAGAACGGCAUGCUCAUAUCCAUGAUCCUGCGUCAAUAUUUCAUGAGCUUGAAAGUGCUGGGUAAGUGGAAGAAGUGGAGUACGUCCAUGGGCAAUCACUUUGGUAAGAUUCAAGAUGAUCUUCAUGAAGUGCAUCCAGUCAAGGAGCCAAACCAGUCGGCCCAACCUCUGCGUGUCCCGCCUAUCGAGGACAAGCUUCACGACGAGAAGCUGGAGUCCAAUGGCAACACGAGGAAGUCGCUUGUUGGAACAGCUCAGAAACACACUCGCAACACCAGCGAUCUUCCUGCACGACCAGCCAAGAGUCUGAAAGUGGGACAAGCAGACGCCGACUCAGACAGCGAUGAUGAUGAGGACGCCGACAUGCCAGCGAUCAUGCCAUCUAUCAACACAGAGCAUGAGCUCAAUACCGUACGCAAGGUCAUGCGCAAGUGGAGGCGCCUGGCUGGCAUUGAAGGACAUCCGGACAUGGCUACGAGCAAGCAUGAGGCUUUUAGCUGCCACUGGACGAAGGGUAUCGCCCCGAGAAUUGAGGGCCGAAUCAAAUUUGCAACCUGA